AUGUUCAGGAUCUUUCGCCUCCCAACCCCAGGCACCGCUGGGCCGGCACGCUGCUGGUACGUCCACAACCUCCACCGCUACGAAUUCAGCCUCCAGUUCGACAUCCCCGUCACCUACCCUGCCACCGCCCCCGAGAUCGAGCUCCCUCAGCUCGACGGGAAGACUCACAAGAUGUACCGCGGUGGCAAGAUCUGCUUGACCGUUCACUUCAAGCCCCUGUGGGCCAAGAACUGCCCUCGGUUCGGGAUAGCCCAUGCCCUCUGCCUAGGGUUGGCCCCCUGGCUUGCUGCUGAGACCCCUCUUCUUGUCGACUCCGGUAUGAUCAAGCACAAGGAU